AUGUCAACGAACGCGACAAAAAGAAAGUUCAACAGUUUAUUGCAGGGCAUUGGUGCAACAAAUCAAAGAAAUGGCAAUGAUGCGUUGAUUCACGACACUGCUUCAUCGCCUUCGAACCGUUCGACUACUUCUCCUGGCGCAGCAACCCGUGUGUCAGGCGCUGACGCCGAAUUGCUCCAGAAACGUCGACGGCUAGGCCUACCGGACUCAACAGCCCCCAAGCUAGGGAAGAGAGCAAAUCUUACGGCUGCUCUCUCCGCUAUUGUUUCCAAACGGACUCAAAACCAGAACUCUUCCAAGAGCUCUGAACGAGCACCUGCACGAUAUGCGCCAACCGAUCGCGCAGACCUCUUGAAACGGCUUAGCACGUUCCAAGAAAUAACAGAUUGGACUCCAAAGCCGGACAAAGUGAACGAGGUUGAAUGGGCCAAACGUGGGUGGGUGUGUCACGGUAAAGAAACAGUUCGCUGUCUCCUGUGCCAUCGAGAACUGGUUGUCAAACUCAAUCGGAAGGUCGUUGAUGGUAAAGAGGUCUCGGUUCUGGUAGCUUCCGAAAUUGAGGAGGCUUUGGUCGACAAAUAUGCCGAUCUCAUUGUAGCCUCACAUCAAGAAGAUUGUCUUUGGCGCAAGCGAGGAUGUGAUGACUCUAUCUUGCGGUUGUCUUUGACCAAUGCGCAUGCCAGCAUCGCCGCCUUACGCGAGCGCUACGAUGAGCUGUUGGCAAGAAAAUCCUUUCUACCAUACGAGUUCAACCUAAGGUUACCGGAUGAAUUAGACCUGGAUAAUGUUCUCGCACGUCUGCCUAAUGACUUCUUUACUAAGCCAGCGCCUUCAAAAGAAGCUGAAGCUCAACCCAACCGAGUCGCCCUGGCACUCUCCUUACUGGGAUGGCAAGGCCUCAACAACGCUCGAAUUGGAGCAGUACCAAAUUCGGCUUCUUGCCAUACUUGUCUUCGGCGGCUGGGGCUCUGGAUGUUCAAAAGCAAAGAAGUGGGAGACGACGGUGAGGUCCUAGUACCUGCCCCUAUGGAUUUCCUAGAUCCGGCUAGAGAACAUCGUUUCUUCUGUCCUUGGUCAAACCCUGAAGCCCAAAGGCAAGGCCACUCCCAGAGUCGCCCAGAACACGAUCUACCCGGUUGGAGGCUGUUGGUGCAGGCACUCGCGAAUGAAGCUCAUCUUCGAAGCGUCUACGAAGGACGGUCACCCGCACGACAACAAACUCAGCGCGCAACGGCUGCUCCUUCUACACCUCAGAGGCCUGGAACAGCUGCAUCCAUCAACACACCAACUGGGACACCUGCUUCCGUUCUAACACACGGUACGGAGCACGCCGAUGAAGAUGACAAAGAUAGAGAUGCAAAGGACAAGGAAAGGUGGGCGAGACUAAAAAGAGUGAAGAGUUUGUUCGAUACGAAGGGGAGCAGGAAGUUGAGGCAUUCGAUAAGCAAGUCAAUCAGUCGGCCUGGAACAGCACACUCAUCAAAAUCAAAUGGUGGCCAGAAGGAAUAA